AGAAGCGGUGAAGUUCUUCAGCUGAAACCGUCAUUUGCAGAAGAUAACACACCCUCUGCAAGAUGACCUGUCUGAGAGUUUACUUGCGGAAAUCCUCUGCAGACCCUCCUGAGGCAUCGUCCUUUCUCCUCAGCACACACGGUCAGCUCAAGCUGUCAAUCUUCAGAAAGCAUGAAACAUUUGUUGUCAGUGUGCAGUCAGUGAAGGGGACCUUCAGAAGAGACUCCUCUUUACAGUGUGGAACUCUGACUCUACAACAAGAGUGAGUACACUGCUUGGUUGCAUGAGCUUUGGCGUACGCUCCCUUAUGCAAGCAGAAAAGGAGGUUCAGGGAUGGUACUUUCUACUUGAGGCAGAGCUGGGGAGAAGGAAGCAUCUAAAAGUGCCCACAGACCACAAUCACAUCAACACUGAGGCCGUGUUGACAAACCAUGGUGCUGCCCCCGAAACCAAUCACCCUGAGAAUAUGCAAUGCUUAACAGUUACCAUCCUUCGAGGAAAGGAUGGAUAUGGAUUCACCAUCUGCUCAGAUUCCCCUGUGAGGGUUCAGGCUGUUGAUCCAGGGGGUCCAGCAGAUCAGGCUGGUCUGCAGCAGCUGGACACUCUCCUGCAGUUAAAUGGUCAGCCAGUGGAGCAGUGGAAAUGUGUGGACUUGGCUCAUGCUAUACGAAACAGUGCCAAUGAAAUCACAGUGGUGGUGUGGCGCACCGGCCCCUCAGCCAAACCUAACUUCGAAGGCCUCAUCCACCGGCCCUCCUACAAACCCCCUACCUCAAACUAUGAAGCCCCGUCACCCCCCACCCGAAGGCGCGCACCAGAUGUCGGCACAAGCAAGUCUCCCCCAGCCGUGCCGCCGCUCCCGGCGCACCACCGCGCCGCUGCGACCCGCAGGCUGCUGGUGAACGGCUCAGAAGGCGGAAACAAUGUUGGCCUGAGCAGAGGGACCCUCGCUUGGGGGGGGCAUGUAGGGUCAACGGAGGAGCUGGAUGGGAAACCGCGUCUCCUGCACCACCCUCCAACCGCCACACUGAAAGGAACCAGGGUGAAGGCGUCCAACGGGGACAAUUACAUCAUCCUGGCGCCCAUAAACCCCGGAAGCCAGAUCCUGAGGCCUGUCUAUCAGGACAACCAGGGGACGUUAGCUGCAGGUUACAGCAGGUUAUACCCCACUCGACAGACUUCUGGCCCGCAGCCUCAGAGUGGGGGAGGUGGUGCCUCCUCUGGGGGUGUCAGCGGCGGAGGAGGUGCCGGCCUCUCCAGCCGUACCGGCUUCCUACGUCGCUCCAACAACUCCAAGAUAUCAAAAGGGUCGUCCACCUCCACCAACGCCGGCCCACCCAACUACCAGCACAACGCCAAUUUUGCCAACUAUCAGAACUGUACGAUCGUCCGGUCACACGCGCCACACGCCAAUUAUGGAUAUGUCAAAGUUGCACCCAAAAUCCUUAUCUUCCCCAUAUUUGUUCAGCCUCUGGACCUUUGCAGCCGAACACUCAUCAUAUCCGAGGAGAUGAUUCUACACGAGAGUCAGCACCACUCUCUGAAGGUUACAGUGUUUGUCUACAAUGACUUGAUGCUCAUGACAAGAGAAAACGAGCCGGGCAGGUGUAACGUCCUCCAGAGUCCGCUGUAUCUCAGACACCUGCGGCUUCAGGAUGAUUACUCUCACGAGCUGAGGUUCUACCUUAUCCACAUGACGGAGAAGUGUGACUGCCUGCUCAGCCUGGAAGCCUAUUCGGCAGACCAGAAGCGCCGUGUGUGUCAGUGCCUGAAGGACAACAUUGACAAGCAGCUCCAGCUUCACAGGAGGGAGGCUAGCGUUCCGCAUUUCGAACAGAUGUUGGAGCCUAAGGUGGAUGCCUCUUCCUGUGAGCUGGGUGGAGUGGAAAGCGGUCGAGAGAAUGCAGGCCUCCACAUGCCCACCAACAGCACAGAGGGCGAGGACAGCAGCCUCUAUCCCUCCAGCCCGUCGGAGCCUCCAACACUAAGUCCUCAGCCCUCAGAGCCGCUCACACCCUUGGAUGAAGUCUACACUCCACUUGGAGGGCUUCUGGGCUCCUCUGAGCGACAUAAGGUGCCCCCCACACCCCCUCCCUCCACAGAAGGGGAGGAUUCAAAGAGUAUAGAGGGGCAGGAGAUGGACAUCUGGAAAGAGAGCAAAGAUGAAGAAGAUAAGAAAGACGACGAAGACGAGCGGAGCAGCAAAAAGAGCGCAAGAAGUGAGGAGGGAGAUGAAGACCGGAAUGAAGAAGAGGUCAACUUAAACUUAGUGGUGUCAAACACAGACGAGGACAAUGUCUCAGAGCCUCCUGACACGAACGCCCCCCCUUCCUCCUCCUCCUCCUCGUUUGUCAUCCCUGAGCUGCGCCUUGAUCGCUCCUUUAGCGCCGAUGCCCUCUCCUCACCCAACACAGAUGAGGAGGAGUACGAUGAGGACGAAGAGGAGGAAUCUGAAGAAGAAGAGGAGGAGGAGGAGGAUGACGAUAGCGACGAUGCAUACUUGCAGCGAAGUGACAGCAAGCGCCGUAGCAUGGUGGAAGGCGCCACAUGCGAGAAACAUGGAGGCGGGAGGCUCAGCGUGCAGAACUCUCUCCGCCGGCGUACGCACAGCGAGGGCAGCCUGCUGCAGGACCCCCGCACGCCCUGUUUCACCUCCGACAACGCCAUCAACUGCCUGGAGUCUGGUGGUGCGCACCACAAGGGGGGCUGGACACUUCCAUCACCCAAAACUCUGAAAAAAGAGCUGAUGAAGAAUGGAGGCUCCAUGCAUCAGCUGUGUAUGCUUUUCUCUGGGAGGAAGCUGAGCGCCGGAUCCCCCUGUAGCUGCGAGGUCAGCCCCGACGGAACGAAGAAGAAGAAGUCCAAGAACCU